AAGUGAUCUGGGUCCACUCCGGCCGGACUCGAUGCAAUUGUAACCGAAUAGUAGGGCUAUCGCAGCCCCACAUCAAUCAAAGAAACUAAUCUGAGAAUCAGUAAAAGUGUUUGCGCAUUUCAUAACCAGCCACACCCGGCUCAUAGAGCAGACUUAAGUCUGGGCAUAGGCCCGUAUAACUCACAAUAUGUAGCCCAAUUAAUCACUGUAUUACUUGAACAAUGGUAAGUUAGGCUGGCCAAAAGAAAACACAACCAUUCAACUCGAUUCGUAGGAUGGAUCCCCCAAAGAUGUUUAUUGUUAUCGUUUCGUUUUGCGUUCAGUUAUAGUUAUAGUUGAACAUAGCGUAUACAAAUAUAAUUACGUAGUUGAAUUGUGCACUUUAGUUGAUUUAAAAUAGAUUACUAGCUAACCAUUAGAGCUCCGGGUGACACCAUCUAAAGAUGGAUCCACCGCGAACCUUAAGGGUCUGUUGAAUGGAUUUCGAGUUGGAAAUUCACUGAGUAUAAGCUCCAUCCGAAACUGUAUCAUUCAACGAGCCCAUAAAAGUUAUUUGUUUGCCCCCCUUAGUUUAGUUUAUGAUAUUCUUGUUACGGUUCGAUUUGAGUUGGUUUUUGAAUUGAAAACGAUAAUACCCAGCAUAUUUAAUAUGUUUGCAUACACUUUACUUAUGUAUGAUUCCAUACCCAUCCAUACUUAAUUAUAUAGCUUAUAUUAUAAACGCAUCAUAAUCCACUCGCUAUUGUUUGUGUGUCUAUUUGUAUUCAGUAAUGAAAGAAAAAAAACAUAUACGAAAAUCGAAAAUCGAAACAAGCCGCAAGUCAAACAAACAAAUAUGUUUUUGAUUCGGCGGCCAAUUCGACUUUUUCUACCCGUACAUUAUGAUAUUUGUGUUUCAAUGUUACCUACUUAUAAUUUGCUUUCAAUGUUUUCGUUUCGAAAAGUGACUUAACCAAAAUAAGGAAAACAAACAAAAAAAAAAAAAGAAAAAUUUGUUUACUUCAAUAAGAGUAGUUUACACGCAGUGGUUGUCUAGUGGGACUGUACAUUGUCAGCUUGCCGUUGAUGUGGGCCUCACAUUGUAAUUGGAUUCGUAAUGCUAACCGAACGUUGUAUAACACAUGAAAUGCCUGAGUUAUCCAGCAUUAACUAAACCAAACAUCAAGCCCUAAAAGCGAACUAAACCAAAGACGAAGUAACCGCAAAACCAAACCAAACAAGCUAAAUAAUCGCCCAGACUAAACUAAACUAAACUAAACUCCAACAACUUAAACUUUGUUUAACCAGAAUAUUGCGCAAGUACUUUGUUCGAAACAGCCCGGGUGAAAUUCUUUGAAUCGGGGACAGCGGUCUGUGGUCUGCUUCCCAGUCAGUCAAAGGCUCACACUUAGACUUCACCUUAACUCAAGCUCAAGCUCAAGUCAAAGUCCUCUCGCUCCAUUUCCGAAAGACAAUAACCUCCUCAGAGAUUGUUCAACAAUAUGCUGGUGUAAUAUUUCUGGUUAGACGUUCAGUACUUGAAUUUAUUUGGCCGACAACAAACUGUAAAGAAAUAAUUAAAACCGAAAAUGGAAAAAUGUUUUUUGUCAUUCUCAUACGUAGCUUGCAAAAAACAAAACAAGAAACCAUCUAGAAAACAUCACAGAAAAAAGGCAAAAUAGAUUUUCAAGUAUUGUGCAUGAGAAAUCAAAUCCCUCUUACUAAACAAAAGACUAAAUAAAACCGCAUAAAAAUAAUACCAAAUGCAAAAAAAAAUAUUUAACCUAAUCCCCACCUCAUCCCACAACUAAAAGUCGUGUCUUCCAGCAAGGUGCCAAAUGGACAUUUACUGGGCACCAUAUAACACCACGCCCAUUCCAUAUACACACACAAAACACUUCACAGCAAACACAAUUUAAUUAAAUGUUAAAAGUACUUAAAUAGAAAAUCCAUCCCAUUUUAAAAUAAGCUAAAGCUAAAUACAUUAUACUAAAUCGAAAACUUGGCUAGACUAGCUAAGCAAACCCAUCAAGUUAAUAUUAAACCAAUGCACCACAGAUAUUUUUUGUACCACAAAUGGAUUACCGAAUAUAGAUCGUCUCAUCUAAGCAUUUAAAACUAUCAAAAAUCACGAGAUAUCAUGACAAACGUAAUCAAAACCAAAGUAUUAUAAAUUAAUCCAGAGUUUUAAUUGGGAGUCUGAUAAAUGUUUUUUGAGAAAAGAAUUUGUUGUCCGUUUAAGACUGGUUGAUCACCACGGGAAUUCAAUUGUUUACCAACCAAGAGUUUUUUAUACCCGUCACUCGUAGAGUAAACGUUAAAGGUAGAAGGAAACGUUUCCGACCAUAAAAAGUAUAUAUAUUCUUGUAUUCUUGAUCAGGAUCAAUAGCUAUGUCCGUCUGUCCGUGUUUAUUAACGUCGAGUUUUUGGAAACUAUUAAAGCAAGUUAUUUGGAAUUUGGCAUGCAGAUUUAUUUAAGUUUAUUUCAAAAUAAGCCACGCUCACUUUAAGAUUUGUCCGAAGCUUUUCCAAUUUCUAUAAACUGAACAUUUUAAUAAGCUAAUACAAAAUCCCAACCAGAAGCUUUUAAUUAAGCUCUGACUGAAAAUCUUUCAAGCGAUAACUUUUUCAAGACCUAAAAAGGCAGAUAUCUUGGAAGAGUUAUCCGAAUAUUUUAUAAUCCUAAAUGAAAAUACUUUAAAGAACCUGAACAAACUUACUUUCAAAUCGCUUUCACUAAAUGUUAGUCGACAUGUACAACUAGUUAGUCUAAAUGAGUGACUGUGUGUGCGCUUAUUAAAACAAAAUAAGAGUGGAACCACGCUGAACUGGUAUUUAUGCCCAUAGCCAUGCAUUCAUCAUACGCCCCGUAAGCCGUUGCGAAAACAUUUCAGCCACAUGGCCAGCAAUAAUUGCGAAGGGAGUACGAAUCACAAAUGUUUUUGGUCUCCUAACGAGUGUUAGAUGCCCGCAUCGCAGUCAUUUACCCAUCGAAGUGCCUUGAAUAAUUGCCAUUUCAUUUCCCAUAUCUCAUAUCGCAAUUUCGCCAUUUUCAUUUGGUUUGCUUUUAAAAUGUCCGCUGCAGCGAGAGUGUGUGUGUGCGUCCGAGUGUGUGCGUGUGUGCUUGGCAAUCACCAAAGUAAUCAAUUGUUAUCGGUGUGUGCUAUAUAUCGUUCAUUUUAGCUAUUUGUUCACUGUGUUCCUUAACAAUAAUAAAUAAUAAUAAGCUCAUGUUUCUCGGUUCUUGCUCGGUGUCCAGUUAUAAUCAUCUCUAUAUACCCAACCCUACUGUUGCUGUUUACUAACCCAUAACUAUAUAUCUGUGUUUAACCGUCUAACUAUCCACAUAUAUGCCUAUAUAUUUAUAUCCCAAUAUAUAUUUAACCGUCUGUGUGUGUGCGUGUGCAUUGAUGUGUCAAUAGCCGGGCAUCGAGGAAUCAUUUGCCAUACCCAUUAAGUCUGCGUAAGUUAGCCUAAGUAGCCGUGUAAGCUCCAACCGAAACAUUGCAUGCCCCCAUCCCCGCCAGAAAUCUCAGGUUAGUCAUAAGACCGCAAACCCAAAUUCAAACUCAUCUAACGAAGCAGCUGUGGCUGCAACUGCCCUGCUACAUUGUCCAAAAGACAAACAACUUCAAAGGAAGCACUCUAUUUCUCUAAAAUUUAUAUCUCAUCCAGCGUUUUUCUGCCAACGGAAUUAUCUCACAGAUGCACAUUGCAUAGUAAAAAGCCAAAAAAGUUUCCAUGUCCAUCAACCAGUUGCCGGCGCCCAGGCAAAAACUUCAUUAUGAUAUUACCAUUUUUUUCUAACUUUUGUAAGCUGCCUUCGACGAAUGCGAUUGUACCACCGCCGAAUCCUUUCUGCUGGAUAGCCGAAAAAAAGAGAGUGAGCCAAACAAAUCCGUGUCCGCCCGGGGGAAGCUUAAACAUUUUAAGCCAUAACUUGAACGUCAGAAUUUGUUGCCACAUCCCCACGGCCAUUGCCAGGUGUCGACUAAAAACAACUUAAAUGCCACAAGUCCCAAGGCAUAAAAACUGAAACUGAAACCGAAACCAAAACGAGCAUAAAAAGCAUAAAAGUCGGACCCACACGCAUUUAGUACGGCUCAAACUUGGCUCGCAAAUGAGGACAAACUGCGGCGGAGACUUCGGGGCCGGAUACAAAUGCACCUGGCGGAGUGUCAACUCUGCGGAUGGCGAACUGCGAACUGCGAACUGUGGGGUGCAGGUGCAUUUGCAGAACUAAUUGCAAUUUAUAUUUGCCACUGCACUGCAGCUAACGGGCCGGGAGUAAGCUUAUUUAACCUAAUGGGGGCCCCAGUCACACACGGUUUACGGUUGAUUGACGCACGGGGCAUGUUCUCCGUAAAUGGCAUUUACAUGUCACCCAAGAGUCGGGCAAGCAAAAAAAAGCCCAAUGAAUCAAAACACGUACACGCUGCAGGUUUAAUUUCCAUGGCACGCAGCAUCCGGCGUUGAUUUCGCAGGAAAAGACCAAAAAUCAAGACAAAGGACUAAGGACAAGGGAUAAGCGAGAAUGGCUGGAAAUAAAAAUCAUAUUGAUUAGCUGGGCAGUGGCAUAGUCAGUGGAAAUCACUAAAUGGCCCCCUUGGAGAAAGAGAAACCUUUCGGCUGUCAACUUUGUUUGCUAAUGAACUUGAACAGAGUUCAGGGUUCGUGUGCCGGCAAAAGAGCCAAGUCAAACAGCGGCAGGCAGUUUGCAAAGGAUUCGAUUUGGUUUUGGGGCAAAACAACGCCCCCAUAGACCUUUACUUCGUUUAAUUUAUUAAUUCUUCUCCCCGCUCGACCCAUACUCGAACCUAAUUUGUAUGCGUCGCCAUCGUUGCUAAUGUGCGGCCAUCAUUUAGAUCAAUAGCAAGACGUUCGCAGACACGGAUACUGAUACAAAUACAGAUACAGAUACACAAAAAAAAAAUUCCAGAUGGAGAUACAUGGCCGCGGAGAUUGGCCUUGCCUCAUUACGUAGCCUUUUUCGGCGAAUCAAUCGACUGCGUCUGCUUUUUGUAGCAUUUACUUAUGCUGAUUUCAGCCGCGGAUUGCGAUUCCUUUCACGGCUGCCUAAUUGAGAUGCCGGACCUUAAACCAACCGAUGCCAGCAAUGAAAAGCUUUCACUCUAAUUGCAACAUUAUCUGUGUUUUUCAAAGCAUCAGAAGUUGGGAGUAAGCCGCAACUGAAGGCCCGAAACCGACCCAAAUGAAACUGACAGCGGUGUCGGCUUAGUGCCGUGCCGUGCCAUCCCGUGCCAUCCCGUGCCAUUCCGUGCCCCAAAAGCGAAUCGGGUUGAGACCAACGUCAAUAUUAAUAAGGCCACGCAGAGAAAUCAGAAGCGAGGCCGAACCAAAAAAUAUACAGGCAAAUAUUUCACUUCUCGAAAUUAAAAUGAUGAUGAAGGUUGCUCACGGCCCAAAAGGAUUGACGUGCCAAUUACGGGCGGAAGCUCGUAUGUGUUUUAACACGUUCACCCCAACGAGAUUGCUUGGCCAUAUCAAUUAACUGUAAUGCCGCACAAUACCUAUAGUAUAUAUACAAGUAGUAUAUACAGUAUACGAUAUAUUGUUUCCAAACAGACCGCAAUCGAAUCUCUUAAGCCCGAGUGGGCAGCAUCUGCGCUUCGUUUUCGGUUUCGGCUUGACCUGCCGCUAAUCAGCGCACAAAUUCCUUUUAAAUGCCGCAACAGUUGCAUGUAAGCCCCGUCACGAGGGGAAACAUGCCCCAACGCCCCCGAAAUGGCUGUCAGCCCAUCAUGAUUCCAAUGUUAUUGCCUCUUUGUGGUGGCCGAAAAAUGCAAAACAAAAUUGUCCACAAAAUGUUUACGCAACAUUCUCGGCACUCGAGUCGAAAUCAGAACCGUAAUUGCAUUUUAUUGCAGCAUUCGAGGGCAGCAGCAAAGUCAAGAGGUACUCUCAUACAUAAUGCACGCAAAUAUGUAUUCUCUGAUGGGUUUAUAUAUGGCAUGCUUUGGCCACAUUUUUGGAGUAUCUAUCUGCUGGGGUUCAUUUGCAUAUGCGCAUAUUGGUAGUGCCGCAGACUGGAUGGUGGAUACUGGAAACGGGAUACUGGAUACAAGGAUAUGUAUGCAAAGAUAUUUGUAUUUGGGCAGCCGCAGAUUGCCAUGGCCAAUGCCAUUUCCGAGUGCUUUGUGUCGAGAGCGAGGCAAUAGAAAUUCCGUUUGGGUCAUCAAACGCUGGUUGAGAUCCAUUUCAGUGACCACAAGGGCCAAGAUGAACUCCCCCGAGAUACGUUAAGCAGAGCAUCCACAAAUGAAAUUAAAUAAGUUUUAAGUAAACCAAUAGAUACCUAUGUAAGUCAGCCCCAAGUAGAGAUUGAGUACCACCAGGCUAAGACACACAACCAGAACAACAACCCGAACACAAAAUUUCCCUAUGAUUCCCAGUAUAGUUACAUUCCCAGAGAAAUCCCAGCUCUAGCUCCCUAGAGCACUUUCCAAAACAAAAAACAUUUUUAAGUAGUUAUGAAAAAAGAAAAUGACAAAUCAAAGCGCAAGUCACAAAUAAACAGAAAAAUAAUCGAUCAAUGGAAAAACAAACUAUAACAGACAAAGAAACCAAGAAUUGAUAACCCAUGAAUCGAAGAGAUUUGUAACUUGAUAAGCGAAUAACAACCAAUCGAUCGAGACAAUAAUCCAUUAAAACAAAUUGUACAAUAAUCUAGCGCGGAUGAGGGAUUCGAUGGCACGUAUCACACCAACAUUGUGGUCAAACAUAACGGCAGUUGUCUGUACGUGCCCCCUGGUAUCUUCAAGAGCACAUGCAAGAUAGACAUCACGUGGUUCCCAUUUGAUGACCAACAUUGCGAAAUGAAAUUCGGUAGUUGGACUUACGAUGGAAAUCAGCCAUGCCGGGAAAGAAGAAUACGAUAGUCUACGCCUGCUGCCCAGAACCAUAUGUCGAUAUCACCUUUACUAUACAAAUACGUCGCCGUACAUUAUAUUAUUUUUUCAAUUUAAUCGUGCCAUGUGUGCUAAUCUCAUCGAUGGCCCUUUUGGGCUUCACAUUGCCGCCGGACUCGGGCGAAAAGCUGACGCUGGGAGUUACAAUUCUUCUAUCGCUCACAGUGUUUCUCAACCUUGUAGCUGAGACAUUGCCCCAAGUAUCUGAUGCAAUCCCCUUGUUAGGCACCUACUUCAACUGCAUCAUGUUCAUGGUCGCAUCGUCGGUGGUGCUGACAGUAGUGGUGCUCAACUAUCACCAUCGCACAGCGGACAUCCACGAGAUGCCACCGUGGAUCAAAUCCGUUUUCCUACAAUGGCUGCCCUGGAUCUUGCGGAUGGGUCGACCCGGCCGCAAGAUCACACGCAAAACAAUACUAUUAAGCAAUCGCAUGAAGGAGCUGGAGCUGAAGGAGCGCUCCUCGAAGUCCCUGCUGGCCAAUGUCCUCGACAUCGACGACGACUUUCGGCACACAAUAUCGGGCUCCCAAACGGCCAUCGGUUCCUCGGCUAGCUUUGGCCGGCCAACAACGGUGGAGGAACACCACACGGCCAUCGGCUGCAAUCACAAAGAUCUUACCCUAAUUCUCAAAGAAUUGCAAUUUAUUACGGCGCGCAUGCGCAAAGCUGACGACGAAGCGGAAUUGAUUGGCGAUUGGAAGUUCGCGGCAAUGGUUGUGGAUAGAUUUUGUUUAAUUGUUUUCACGCUCUUCACGAUUAUUGCAACGGUUACCGUGCUGCUCUCGGCUCCGCACAUAAUUGUGCAAUAAGGACGCUGGAAUUAGACAAUUAAGCUACGGAUACGGAAUCGCCUAGUUAAGUUCUUUUUCAAAAACCAAAAAACUAGCGAAGCUGCUUCGAAACAAAGCAAACAAAAAAAUACAACAAAAAUAAUGCAAAUAAAAAAUUGUUAAUUACAUUUUUAAGUCAACAAAAUGAGCAAAGAAAAUAUCGCAAGAAAAAAGAAACGAUACAAAAUCAUGUACUAAAAAUAUUUUAUGGACAAACCAAACAAAAAAGCAAAAAUUACUGCCGUACAAGAACCGAAAAAAGUGUUAAGUAAGCUACACACACACACACACACACACAAAGAAUUAUAAGAGUUAAGCAAACAACAAGAAAUGAAACAAAAAUUUGCAUAGGAAUAGCCGAAGAAGGAGGUGAGGAGAUGGAGAUGGAGAUGGAGGAGCACAAGGAGGAGCAGGACGAAGAGAAGAACAAAGAAACAUCGCGGGACGGGACACACAAAGGUUACAUGUGUAUACCCACUGACACAGACAGACAGACGGACAGACUCACAUACAUCUAGGUAAUUGUAUGUACAAUAACAGAGUUAUAAGUUAAUUAAUAUGCUGAGUUGUUAUAAUUUAUGUAAGACGAACAGAGGACAGACACUCACACACACACACAGUUAAGAUAUAUGAUAUAUAUAAGAGAUUGUUCCUAUGAGACAUUAGAUAUGUAUUUAAAAUGGCAACACACUCACAUACAGAGACACACCGACACUGAAGCACUUAAUUGACAAAUGCAAAAACAAGGGAAAGUAACCAUUUAUUCGUUGGAAAGUGUAAGCAGGAGUAGAACAGGAGGCUAGGGACGAUGACCCUUUAUUGUCUGCCGUUUUAGGCUUUAAUAUAUUCCUGUUCUGUUUUCAUUUUGGGAUCACGUGGACCAACAAUAUUUUGUUUGAUUUCCUUCAUUCCAGUUUGCAAACAAAAUAUGAUCCCAAUGAAAACACUUAUACGAACCAUACUUGUGUUUCUUAUUCAACCCACUAUUAUUAAAUUCUUAUUUAAAUUUUACUUAAUUUCAUUUUUUUUCACUAUGGAAACGCUUUUGAAGAGUUGCUUGAAAGACAGCUGAUUGUAAAUGGUAACAAACUGACACAUAAUAAUGGAUAUAAACAAAGGUCUAUAUAUACAUAUACUCAUAGUGAAUUGAAUUAAUUUUUAAAAGACGCAUUCAAGAACACACUGUGGGGAAGCAUGUUCGCUGAACAUCAUGUUUUUAGAAAAUUUAUUGUUGAAAUAUGGUAGCAAAUUGAGUAAGCAUGAAGACAAACGACCCGCGGGCGAAAAAAAACCGAGUUAUAGUCACCAAUUAAUUAGUCGAAGUAAUAAUAAACGGAAAUCGAUAACCAGAGAAACCAAAACCGAAAAAUACAAGAUGAAAAGGUGUAUAUAUAUUUUAUGACACAUAUAUCACCGCAUAUAUACAUACACAUAUAUAUAUGGAUAUAUUUUUAAUAAAACGAUACGGAAACGAGCAAAACUAAAGACACUAAGCAGCGCAAGAACAGAACAGUACAGAACAGUACAGAACAGUGCCCCACAAAGCCAACCAACCAACCCAACUCAAUGCAACUCGAAAUCACAAAGACACAAAUCACAAUUUUGUUGGAAAUUUCGCAUAGUUUUCGGUUGACUUCUUUCUCUGUCUAUAUCUAUAUCUAUAUAUCUACAACCCUGUGUAUUCCUAGAAACGAGCUUCGAAUUUUUGUCUACUUUACUCUGCUCUCCCCUCACACAAAGCAAAACAGUGAUAUUUACGGUAUAGCCCCCAAAAGACGAACUCCAACUCGAACACACUUUCCGGAACCCACCUAAGAAACCUUUAAACGUGAAUGUUUUUUCUACACAAAACCAAAAUCAAUGAAAAACCUACCUCCUUGUUGAAAGUGAAGAAUCGACAGAUAGAAAUCGAUAAUGAUUGAAGGACGAAGAAGCAUAGCAACACUGCCGAGUUAAUCGCACUCCUCUGUCCCCUCGAUUAAUCAUUUUUACGUUGUCCUGCCAAAGAGAAUUUCUAACAGAAUUGUGUGACGAACCACUUUUGAUAGCCAGACGAAAAGUUUACUUAACGGAAAUCAGAUCGGCCCUAUAGGAUACACCCGCUGUCAGAAGGAACCCAAACCCAAUCGAGUGCUGAAUCAACUGAAGGAACUGCAGAUCAGAUUUAAGCGUUAUAUGUGUAUACACUCACUUUGUAUGUUUUAUUUGCAUUUACAUUUACAUUUACAUUUAAAUUUAGAUUUGAUAUGAGACGACUUUUACUUACGCCCAGAGCGAUGCGUAAUCCUACCGAAAACUGCUCUGUCCCCAUGAGGUUGUUGUUUUUCGAACGUUAGUCAAAUUCGAGUGCGAAUUCCAAUUCGAAAUCGGAAAAUCGAGAUUUAAAUUGAGAUCUUGAGUUAAGGCGGUAUCGAAGAAGUAUGAGAAUUAGAAUUCGAAUCAGAAUCAGAAUGCAUCGGAAAUCGAGAGUUAGAGUUGAGGAAUGGUGUGUGCAUUUUAAAUUUAAUUUUUUUAUAAUUAAUUUAGUGCUAAUAUUUGAGCAGCUAGGCGCAUAAUCAUAACUAUGUAUAUGUGUAUGGAUGUCUUUUUGAUAAAAAGAAGCUGUUUUAAAAAGCAAACCAUUUUCUACACUCUUUAAAAGAUUGAACUCUACAUGUACGAGAUUAUGUAUAAUACAAGUAAUAAUAAAAUAGCGUUAACUAGGCAAUUAUAAAAAUGAGGUGACCUGCAGAAGGAGCCAUAAACUAAGCGUCCUACAUUAGGAGAGGGCAACCUACGCGAUUACCCGAGAUAAUGAGAUAAUGAAUGGAGGCAAAAACUAAAACGAUAAACGAAUUUAAAAAUGAAAAAUGACAAAUGAAAAAUAAGAGAUGAAAAUGAAAUUACCGCAAAAGCAAACUUGUAGUAAAGGAAAAUGUUUUUUCAUUUGAAAACUCUACUACUUACUUACUACUAAACUUACUUUGCAAGUAAUAACUAAUUUCCUCUGAUCAGAGUUACACGCAAUCGCGAAAUGCAAAAAAGCUAAUUACAAAACGGUUGGUACACGCCCACACACACAGUCAGACAUGAAGCAUUCGAAUUGUUCGUAUUACAAAAUAAAGAAAUCAGCAAACCGAAGAGUUCGAUUUUCGUUUCAAUUGCACUCCGCAUGUUCACCCCCCAGGGCAAUUAAACAGAGUUCAACAAUAAAUAGCGCAUUAAAAACCGAUUCGAGACACUUUUUUAAACAAGGCAAAUAUAUUUAAAAAUUAGCAUUUAACUAAACGACAAGAAAAACUUAGUCUAUAAACUGCAAGUGUUUAGCACUAACUUUCCCAAGCAGAAACCUGCAAAGCAAGCCCGUUUCCAAAUCCAAACCUCCACCUGUGUCCCGAGCCCAACUACCACAUCAAUUUAAAUAGCUAAUUGCAUAAUUAUUAACACCGUUACUGAAUUUCUGUCGAUUGCCAAACGCGAGAAAAACCAUAAAAUCUUCCCAAAAAUUAUGCAUGUAAAAAAACAAACGGCUAAAACAGAAACAAAAAAAUUAGCAAGAAGUCUGUUGUCGAUAAAUAUUAUUGGCAGACAAAUAACUUUCGUCACAUUGACGAUAAUAAUUAAUUUUAAGAAAAAAAAACAAAUGAAUUAAAUGAUUUAAAUAAUAAACAAAUUAAUAUUAAAAAUCGAGAGACAUGAUUGCAACAAAAACACAAAAACUGAAUAAAAAUUUAUUUUGAAAAGAGA